AAUAAGAAGAAGCAGACGCAAAACUGUUAUUUCAUUUAAAUUUAAAUGAAAUGGGACACCUGGACAAGUGCCGCGUCUGCUUUACGCCGGUUGCCCGGGAUGACGAGGCCUACAACCUGCUGCAGCUGGAGCAGCUAGCCGUCAAGUUCUCGGAUUGCACGGGCUUGGUGGUGGAUCCUGCGGAUGUCCAUAUCAUUUCCAGCGAGAUUUGUUGCCAGUGCUACGAGCAGUUGGAGCAGUACCACGGCUUCCGGGCCCAGUGCAUCACUGCCGACCGGAAAUGGCGGGUGAAAAGAAGGGUGGGGCGAAGGAAAAUAACUCGGGAGGAGCCUCUGUACUUGGAAGAGGAUCAGGAAGAGACAGAACAGGAAAUGGAAGAAGAACCGGAAAUGGAAGAAGAACAGGAAAUGGAAGAAGAACAGGAAAUGGAAGAGGAACCGGAAAUGGAGGAAGAACAGGAAAUGGAGGAAGAACCGGAAAUGGGAGAAGAACAGGUAAUAGAAGAAGAACAGGAAAUGGAAGAUCAGGAACUGGAAGAACUGCAGUUGAAAGAAAUACAGAGAGAACUAGAGGAACAAAUAGAAAAGGAGAUGCUAAAAGAACAGGAGGAACACAACCAGGAAGAACAAGCCCUGGAAGACCAGGAGCCACCAUCUCUUCAAGCAACCGAGCUGAUUCUUUGCGAUGGCAACCUAAGUCCUAAGGAAUCACCGCCAAAAAUGAAAAGAAAAGUUCAAAGAAAGUCUUCGCCCAAGAAACCAGCAAAGAAAGCCAAAGAAAAGGAAACUGCAACUGUCACCUCGACACCCGAACUCCGCUACAUGUGCGAAAUGUGUUCAAAGGAAUUCGAAGACUACAAAAGCUUCAUCAACCACACAAAAGAGCACGAUGGUCACAGUCUCUAUCACUGCUCGGAACCAGGCUGCCAGGAGUCUUUCAAUCGCUACGAGCAGUGCAGGCAACACGAACUGCAGCAUGCGGCAGAGGGCACACGUUUCAUUUGCGGAGAGGAGGGCUGCCACAAGAUGUACCGACACAAGGCUUCCCUCAAGCAUCACCAGAGCAAGGCCCACGGUCUUGGAGAGCCCUCAAAGACCCACAUGUGCGAGUUCUGCGGCCGAGUCUUCAAAAAUCUGGCCGCCUUGACCCACCAUCGGUACACGCACAGCGACCAAAUGAAACUGCCCUUCGCCUGCGAGAUGCCCGACUGCUCACUAAGGUUCAUUAGCCAGGAGAAGCUCCGCAUUCAUAUGAUGCGGCAUCAGGGUAUCAAGAACUACAGCUGCCCCUAUUGUGGCCUACGAAAGACCACCAAGAAUGAGCUACGUCUGCACAUCAACUUCCAUACCCUGGAACGUAGCUGGCCGUGCAAAUUUUGCUCGAAGGUCUGCAACAGCUCCACAGCCCUCAAGAAGCAUGUGAGCACCAUUCACGAGAAGAACAAGCAUUAUGCCUGCAGCUACUGUGAGAAAUCGUUUGCCAGUUCGAAUACCCGAAAGUAUCACGAGAUGACCCACACGGGCGAGAAGAACUUUGAGUGCCAGGAGUGCGGCAAGAAGUUCAUACAGCCGGCUGCCCUGCGGACUCAUCGUUUGAUUCACGAAAGGAAAGCGGUUACAGAUGGAGGAGAAGCAUCGACUUCUGGCGGCGAAUCAUCAUUGGUGACUCACUCCAUUCCUCAAAUUGAUGUGGGUACUCCUGUAAUAGUGGCUCAACUACAGCCGGCUUAUACUAUACUCCAAGUGACCAGCUUGGGUUAUCCGACAAUAUAAAGAUGUCUAGAGACUGUGCGUGGCUCCGGGAUCUACUUUUUGUUUGGGUUUUUUGUUAUUUUUGAGUUUAACUUUACCUUUAAAAGUGAUA